AGUGUAUGUGCAAAGUGCAGAGAAAAAGGGGCGUGAAGUGUGUCAGUGUGAUUAUUUUUCUUGUGUUUUUCCCUGAAAAUCCCAUCAAUAAGUAUUAUAAAUGUUCAUUUUAUGAUCGCCCGGCUUAUUGAAUUGUUUUUCACCUGGAGGAUUAUCUUUCGACUUUGUUAGAAGCAUUGCAACCAAAUAAUCGAGAUAAGGAUUUUAAUAGGAAAACGUUCACAAUGGCUACGCUAUCAUUGAGGAUCAGUUUAGAGGGUGGACGUGUUACGAAGACAAUCCAAUUUGAUCCGAGCACAACAGUAUUUGAUGCAUGUAAGAUUAUUCGGGAUAAAUUUGCUGAAGCUGUUCAAGGACAACCUCAAGAGUAUGGGCUCUUUUUGGCCGAUGAGGACAAUCGUCAGGGUGUAUGGUUGGAAUCGGGCCGUCAUUUGGGUCACUAUUUCCUUCACAAUCACGAUGUUCUCGAGUACAGACGCAAAUUGCGAACAUUGCGUGUACGUAUGCUGGAUGGAGCAGUAAAGACAAUUUUGGUGGAUGAUUCUCAUCCAGUGUCACAAUUGAUGGUGGUGAUUUGUACGAAGAUUGGCAUAACAAAUCAUGAGGAAUAUGGUUUGGUGCGUGAGGAGAAUGAGAAGCAAAAUGAAAAUUUGCCCGAUAAUAAAUUCAGUACAUUGACACUUCGUCGAAAGGUGGCUGAGAAGGAUCGCGAUGCUAAAAUGGAGAGUUUGAGGAAGAAAUUGAAGACAGAUGAUGAGAUCAAUUGGGUUGAGAUGGGAAAGACACUGAGGGAACAGGGUAUUGAUGAGUCAGAAACAGUACUGUUGAGACGUAAAUUCUUCUAUUCUGACCAGAAUAUUGAUUCAAGGGAUCCAGUUCAAUUGAAUUUGCUGUAUGUACAGGCCAGGGAUGCAAUUUUAGAUGGUACACAUCCGGUAACACAGGAAAAAGCAUGUGAAUUUGCAGGUAUUCAGGCACAAAUUCAAUUUGGUGACUACAACGACAAGAAACACACCACAGGAUUUUUAGACUUAAAAGAAUUUCUUCCUCAAUCGUAUGUUCGGGUAAAAAAUAUUGAGAAGAAAAUUUUUGCUGAACACCGAAGGCACAUAGAAUUGUCGGAGAUUGAUGCAAAAGUUCUUUAUACAAAAACAGCCCGAGAACUGCCAACGUAUGGUGUAACAUUCUUCCUGGUGAAGGAGAAAUUGAGUGGAAAAAAUAAAUUAGUGCCAAGAUUGUUGGGUGUUACGAAAGAUUCAGUGUUGCGUCUGGAUGAAAAAACCAAGGAAAUUCUCAAAACAUGGCCACUGACAACUGUUCGUCGUUGGGGUGCAUCACCAAAUACCUUUACCCUGGAUUUUGGUGAUUAUGCCGAUCAGUACUAUUCGGUGCAGACGACCGAAGCUGAACAGAUUGUUCAUCUAAUUUCGGGCUAUAUUGAUAUCAUCUUGAAGAAGAAACAGAGCAAAGAUCACUUUGGAAUUGAAGGAGAUGAGGGAUCAACGAUGGUGGAAGAGAGUGUAGCUCCGUCAAAAGCAACUUUCCUGCAACAUGAGACAAAUAGAGUGGGAAAAAUUAAUACGGAAUCACUGGCAAAACCAGUCAUUAUGCGUGGAUCUGACGGAGAAAAACCAUAUACACAUGGCGAUAUGACGAAUGUACAGUAUGGGGCAAUUGUUGGACAAGUUAAUUUGGCCCAUCAGCCACCAUUGUCAAAGGAGAUACGCAUAAGUUCGGUGCUGACAGAGCCUCAACGUGCUCUUUUGGGCUACAUUUCGGCUGGACGCGAGGAAUUGCGAAAGGCUCAGGAGGAUUUGCAGACAAGGGCUGAAAUUCCUGAUCUCGGUGAUGAUCCGCAUUCAAUUGAAUGGCGCGAGAAUACGCUGGAAUCGUCGAAGCAACUCGUGACGACGCAUAUUGCGACUAUGAAUGCAGCCACGGCUCAAGUGGUGACAGCAACUCAGCCGGAUGAUGUGGAUCAUGAGGCUGUGGGAGAAGCUGUGACCCAGAUAACACAGAGUAUCCCGACAGUGACUAAGGAAGUUCGUCUGUUGGCAGCUCUGAUGGAAGAUGACAACAGUGGAGAUCGUCUUUUGGAUGCUACUCGACGUCUGUGCGAGGCAAUGAGUGAUCUCCUGAAGGCAGCUGAACCCGAAAGCAAGGAACCACGUCAGAGUCUACUGAAUGCUGCCAGUCGCGUAGGAGAGGCCAGUACUCAAGUUCUCAGUACAAUUGGCGAAGAAAGUCCCGAAAGUCGUGAGCUUCAUGAUAUGCUCUUGGCACUGGCUAAGGCAGUUGCCAACACAACGGCUGCCCUUGUUCUGCGUGCCAAGAGUAUUGCGGCUAGCGUUGAGGACGAUGACACACGCAAUAAAGUCAUCGAGGCUGCGAGUCAGUGUGCUCUAGCCACUAGUCAAUUGGUGGCAUGUGCCAAAGUGGUUGCUCCAACGCUCCAGAACAAAGCGUGCCGUGAGCAAUUGGAGGCAGCAGCUCGUGAAGUGGCUAAAGCUGUCAAUAAUUUGGUGGCAAUUUGCAAUGAAGCUACAGAUAAUCAUCAGUUGCGUGGUGAUUUAAUGGCGGCUGCACAGGAAGUAUCACGUACACUGAAGGAACUCCUUGAGCACAUUAGCUUGAGUGCUAGAGAAAGGGCACGCCUGGUACAAGAAGAUCAUCCUAUGGACAAUGUCCUUAUCACAACGGACAAACUUGUAUCUUCCUCUGAUCCGCAAGAGAUGAUCAAACAGGCCAAAAUCUUGGGACAGGCUACUGCUAAAUUGAUCCAAAAUAUCCAAGGCGAGGCUAAAGAUCAGUCUGAUGAGGAAUUGCAACGUCGCCUUUUGGCUGCUGCUAAGCAAUUGGCUGAUGCAACUGCUCGUCUUCUGGAGGCCGCCCGAGUAUGUAGCACUCAUCCGCAUGAUACGCAGAAUCAAGAGGCUCUGCGUACAGCGGCUGAAGAAUUGCGUGACAUUACCACAACAACUGCCAAUACGCCAGCUAUGAAACGUCGUUUGAUCAAUCGUCUCGAGCAGUCGGCCAAACAAGCAGCUUCUGCUGCCACACAGUGCAUCUCAGCAUCACAGAAUGCUAUUCAGUACAGCAAUGAUGAUCAGGCAGUUGAGCCUCUGUUGCAGGAUUGUCGUGCUACGGCUGAUGCAAUUCCGCGUCUGGUGAUGAGUGUGAAGAAUACAAUUGUACGUCCGGAUGAACCAUCGGCACAGUUGGGAUUGAUUGAGGCAUCGGAGUCAUUUGUGGAGGUUGGAUCGAAUACAACUGCCUCGGCAAGGGCUCUUCAGCCGUCCGUGUCUGACUUCACGGCAGCCCAGCAACUUUCCCGGACAACACACAAUUUCAGUCAGGCUAUUCAUGAUCUGAGAUCUGCAGCAUCACGAGCCAGGGAAGCCUGUGGUGGACAGGAAUUGGAAUCGGCCAUUGAUGCGGUCAAUAAUUUGAGGAGUGUCCUCAAUGAGACACGAAGAGCAGCCCAACAAAAUGCUCUGCGUCCACUGCCGGGCGAGACGCCUGAGAGCACGGCUAAGCAACUUGGAGCGACUAGCAAACAAGUUGGUGUAGCCAUGUCUCAGCUUCUGUCAGCUGUUACCCAGGGCAAUCGUUUGUAUGCCGGAGCCGCUGGAAGGGAUACAGCUCUGGCUCUUGGGGAUUUCACAAAGAGCGUUAGGGGCGUUGCAGCAACAAAUAACAAUCCAAUUGUCAUCAAUUGUGCCGACGAUGUCAUCUUGACGUCUGUUCGGGUGAUUGAGGAAGCUCAGCGAAUGCUUCAGAAUAUUGGUGAUCCGAUGUUGCUGACCCAAACAGCCAGGGAGGUUCAAGUGGCCCUUGAGAAGACAGUUGACUGUCUGCCUGGACAGAGGGAAGUGGAUGAUGCUCUCAAGACAAUUAAUGAAUUGAGCGAGGUGAUUGCAAUGGGAGAAUUUCCACCGUCUACCAAAUCUUUUGGACAACUUCAGACAGAAUUGAAAUUUGCUGCGGAAAAUCUCAAUGCAGCCGGAGGGAGAAUUGUUCAAGCUCAUGCAAGCCCAGCUCAAUUGGCCAGUACCAGUCAGGACUUUAGUCAAGCCUACAAGGAACUCUUGACGGUAUCUCUGGAAAUGGCUGGUCAGACGAAGGAUGAAGUUGUGAGAAAUAAUGUCGUUGUGUCAAUUCGAGGUGUCUCCAGGACAUCAUCAGCAUUGCUCUUCACGGCAAAAUCCGUGGCUGCUGAUCCUGAACAGCCAAAUGCCAAAAAUCAAUUGGCAUCUGCUGCAAGAGCUGUCACAGAGAGUAUCAAUUAUCUCGUGGACAUGUGUACAUCAGCAGCUCCUGGACAGAAGGAAUGUGACAAGGCUAUUCGAACUAUUGAAUCCCUCAGACCGAUGCUGGAUCAUCCCAAGGAACCACUCAAUGAUAUGGGCUACUACGAUUGCUUUGAGUCUGCCACGGAGAAAUCUGCAAGUCUCGGACAUGCCAUCAGUGAGAUGAUCAAUAAUGCCAAAGCUUCGCAGUACGUGGAGUUUGGUCAUUCGGUCAAUAUGGUGGCAGAAUCCAUGAGAGGUUUGAUUGAAUCUGCAGCACAGUCGGCCUACCUUGUGGGCAUCAGUGAUCCAACGAGUGUUGCUGGAAGACCUGGACUUGUGGAACAAACGCAACUGCAGAGAGUCACUCAAGCCAUUGAACAGCAUUGCCAGGUGCUAUGCAAUCCGGAUGCCACACGAGAACAACUCAUCUCGUCACUCACAACAAUCGCCAAACAGACAACGAUUCUCUGCAAUAUUUCCAGGAAUGCCAGCACGAAUACGAGCAAUCCCGUGGCCAAACAGCAAUUUAUCUAUGCUGCAAAAGAUGUAGCCACUGCCACGUCGGCUCUUGUGCAAAAAUCGAAAAAUCUUGAGCGUGAUACUGCAGCUGCACGGCAGCAAUGUGCUGAAGCGACUCGUCCUCUUAUGGAUGCUGUUCACUCAUGUCGUCAAUUUGCUUCAUCGCCCGAAUACAUUAGUAUUCCGGCACGUAUCUCUACGGAGGGAUAUCGUGCUCAGGAGCCGAUACUUGUGGCUGGACGUUCGGUGUUGGAUGGUGUCAUUGAGAUGGUGAAAACGGUAAAAUCUCUGGCUGUGACACCAGAUGAUCCACCGGUGUGGCAACAAUUGGCCCAUCACAGUAAACCAGUGUCGGAGAGUGUGAAGCGUCUGGUGGACAAUAUCAAAGAGAAGGCACCUGGAAAGGUGCAGUGUGAUCAAGUUUUGACCACACUCAAUGCAUGUGCCAGAGAUUUGGAUUCAACAGCUCUGUCCAUUGGUAUUCAGGGAUUGGCACCGAAGCGUGAGAAUAAUUUGCAAGGAUUCACAAAUCAAACGGUCAAUGCUGCAGCUGAGAUGGCAGAAAAAUUGGAUUCUGUCCGGGCGGCAGCUAAGAGAAAUGCCGAGAGUUUGGGUCAUGCAGUAACCCAAAUAUCUCGAUAUGCUGUACCACUGACAAAUGGAUCAAUUGGAGCAUGUUCGCAUCUUAUUCACUCCAGUCAGCAAAUAACGUUGCUGGAUCAGACAAAGUCAGUCAUUGAGGCAGCUUCGGAGCUCGUUGAGACAGCCAAAGAAGCUGGUGGUAAUCCCAGAGCUACGCACUAUCACAAUCAACUAGAUGAGUGCGUCACGACGACACGUGAAGCUCUCCUUGAACUCAAUAACACCGUCGAGAAACUGUCAACGGAAAAUGGUGUAGUUACAGGAUUGAUGGAACAAAUUUCGCGAUCUAUCACAAGAAUCACAGAUAAACGUCAAUCUCUCCUCGGUGUCAGUUCAGUGGACAAUUUUGUGGACUAUCAGACGCGAAUGGUGCAGAGUGCAAAGGAAAUUGCUCGGCUGGCGAAUGAAAUUAAUGCCAAAGCCGGACUGGAUCAGGCAAAAUUGCCUCAACUCUGUGUGGACAUCACCCAUCAUUACACCCAAUUGGCCCAGGAUUCAAUGGGUGCAUCAGCUACAACGACAUCCUCAGAUAUUUCUAUUCGUAUCAGGAAUACCGUACAAGAGCUUGGACACUCAAUUUCUCUGCUCAUUCAAUCUACAGCCGGUAUUCGUCCCGAUGAUGCAAAUGCCCUGGCAGAGGUAUCACGUGGAGCUCGCGAUGUGACUGAGAAGGUGUCUCAGGUCCUGGCAGCUCUUCAGGCUGGCUCAAGGGGCACUCAGGCGUGCAUCAAUGCUGCCAAUACAGUGUCCGGAAUCAUUGGGGACCUCGAUGCAACAAUUAUGUUUGCCACAGCUGGCACUUUGCAUAGCGAUGGCGAUGGAACAUUUGCCGAUCACAGGGAGCAUAUCCUGAAGACGGCUAAAGCUCUAGUGGAAGACACCAAAGUCCUUGUAGCUGGUGCAGCAGGAUCUCAGGAUCAACUGGCAUCAGCUGCUCAGAAUGCUGUUACAACCAUUUUGCAAUUGGCAGAAGCAGUUAAGAGAGGUGCCAGUAGCUUGGGAUCUGGUCAGCCAGAUUCCCAAGUGAUGGUGAUGAAUGCAGUAAAAGAUGUUGCUGCAGCUCUUGGUGAAUUGAUUAAUGCAACAAAAUUGGCAUCUGGCAAAUCAAUUCACGAUCCAGCGAUGAAUGAUAUGAAGGAGAGUGCAAGAGUGAUGGUGUUGAAUGUGUCGACACUGUUGAAGACAGUAAAGGCCGUAGAGGAUGAGCAUACUCGUGGUACACGUGCCAUGGAGGCCACAGUUGAGGCCAUAACACAAGAGAUUCGGGGCAUUCAAGCUCCACCAGCUCCUGGAAGUCCUCCGCCCACUCCAGAAGAUCUCAUACGUGUGACGAAGAACGUGACGUUGGCCACAGCAAAAGCCGUGGCUGCGGGUGCCUCAAACCUUCAAACGGACAUUGUGGCAGCUGCCAAUCUUGGGCGUCGUGCCAUCAGCGAUAUGCUGAGUGUAUGCCGUUCUGUGGCAUGGCAAUGUGCCGAUACGGCUGAAUUGCGCCAGAGAACUCUCGAUGCUGGGGCAGCAGUGGCUGUGGCCUAUCGAGACUUGCUGGAGGGUGUCCUCAAGGGAGCAUCGGCAGAUGAAAGAAUGCAUCUGUCGCGUCGUGUGGCCAAAUGUGUGACAGAUUUGGUGGCUGUAGCUCAGUUACUUAAAGGUUCUGACUGGGUUGAUCCUGAAGAUCCAACAGUUAUUGCAGAGAAUGAACUCCUCGGAGCUGCUGCAUCAAUUGAUGCUGCUGCCAAGAAGUUGGCCAGUCUUCGACCAAGACGCAAUUCUGACAUCAAGAUGACGGAUGAGAACUUAAAGUUCGACGAGAUGAUCCUCGAAGCUGCCAAGGGAAUAAUGGCAGCGUCAUCGGCCCUCGUUCGUGCAGCAAAUGCUGCUCAGAAGGAAUUGAUUGAGCAGGGCAAAGUGGCUCGUCGUCCAUUGACAUCUUCAGACGAUGGUCAGUGGUCUGAAGGAUUGAUUUCAGCAGCACGUCUCGUGGCUGCAGCCACUCAUAGUCUCGUUGAAGCGGCUCAGAAUCUAGUUUUGGGUGUUGGAACGGAAGAGACGCUCAUUUCAGCAGCACGCCAAGUGGCUGCAUCAACGGCUCAGCUGUUGAUUGCGUGCAAGGUGAAAUCCGAUCCCAAUUCUGAGUCCGGACGGCGACUUCAGGCGGCUGGAAAUGCCGUGAUAAAGUCCACGGAUAAUCUCGUGAGGGCAGCACAGCAGGCCAUUGAUAUGGAAGAGGAACAUAUUCUGAAGAUCAAUACGAGCAUGGUUGAUGGAAUGGCACAGGAGAUCAAUGCACGAUCGGAGGUCCUGAAGAUGGAGAGGCAAUUGGAAGAGGCGAGAAAUCGCUUAGUGGCCAUUCGUCAGGCUAAAUACCGUCAGAGGCAAGCUGCAGGAUAUACAGAUGAUAGUGAUACGGAUACAGGCAAUGCCACAAGUACCUAUCACUAUCAGCAGAAGCAACAACAGUAUGGAUACAAUACACCACCGCCAGAUCAAUAUUCCUCAUCAUCUGCUUAUGGUCAGAAUUCAACAUUCACCCGAUCAGCUCUCAAUGCCACUCCACCAUCGCCGAGUUUUCACAACACCUCCACUUCGACUACGUACCAACAGGCGGCAGCACCACCGCCACCGAGAUCAACCUUCCUCACGGGAAAUGCUAUUCCAAGGCCCUACCAUGGCACAGGAUCCGAUUCUAAUUCCCCAGUAGCUCCGCAUAGUCCACUUAUUGCACGGGAAACGAGUGCCUUUGCAUCCACAGCUUCAAGCACGCAGAACAGCAAUUUGGAGGCGUGUGUGAAGGAUCUGCAUGAGAAGACAUUGGGCAGAUCGGGUUUGGUGCCCUUCAGCACCUUCAAAAGUUCAACGAGCACCACAACGAAAACAGACGAGAGUCCCAGUAAACAAAGCAACGGGCAGAACUAUGAGGGAUUCACAGCAAGCAGGUAUGAGACGAAGAGGUAUGAUCAAGUGCACCGCGACGAUGACUUCCCGCCACCUCCGCCGCCCCUGGAGCAGAAGGACUUCGAGCAGCAUUUCUCGAAGAUGUCCCUAAGUGAGGGCGGUGGCAAUGUUCAGCUGAGCCAAAGCGGCGACACAACCGUCCGACAGGUAGGCAAUUCACAGCAAAGGAUUCUCGAGCGACGAGUCAUCACGACGACCACCGAAUCGCGAUCCGAACACAAGACGCAUACGCACAACUUUCGCCUUGACAAGUGAUCAUCCUUAACAGGCGUUGUACAAUUUUAAUUUUUUUUUAACAUUGUAGAUCGUGCUUUGUAAAAACAACCAAUUUUAUUUUUUUAUUGCGACGAAUUCAUUUUUAACCAUCCCCGUGGCGAUUGUAUAGAAACAAACAAAUCAUUAUGAUGAUUUUUUUAAUGAGAUAAAAGUGUAUGAAGAUUUUUUUUUUGUAAAUAAUGCCAUAAAAUAUUUCUUCUCUAAAAAAAAAUUACAACUUCUCGCACAAUUUAUAUUUUUUUGUCGAUUUUUAGAGUGCGAGAAAAUGAUGAUGAAAACGAACAAAACUUGCCUUAACAAUUUCUAUUGUUAACAAAAAAAAAUACUAUAAAUAAAAAAAAGUGAAUAUUAAAUCAAAUUUUUGAUUAACGUAGAUGGUAGUUCUUUAUUUUUUACUUAAUUAUUAAUACAGUUAAUUCACAAAGUGCCAGAAUUUUAAUACAAUCUAACAUUUUUACUAGAAUUUAUAUUUUUUAAAAAAUACUUAUUUCGAAAUGCAGAAAUUUGUCUGCGCAAAUCCUUCUUAAAGCAGAAUCCCCAGCUAAUAUUGGCUAAAAUGAAUAGGAAUUGCCUUUAAAAAAUUUUCAAAACAAUAAUAAUAAAACAAAAAUUUAGAUGUGACAAAUGUGUAAUUUUGACACUAAAAACAAUUAUGCCAAAAUUCUUUUACUACUGUAUUUGUACAUAGAAGUGGUACAAAAGUCCUUUUGUAAGAACUUGAUGUUUCCUUCUCUGAAAAAAAAAAUUAUAUAUAAAACUAUUGUAUUUAACUCCGAUAAAAGAAAUAAAAAAUAAAAUCUUUUAAUCAAA